AUCCGAGGUUAUUUUUUACUUAGGAUGGCGCUUGACAACGGCGCUAGACCGUCUGAGUUUAUCAACAUGGAGGUAGAAUGGGCCCUGAAAGCCAUAUAUGAAGAGCAAACAAAUCAGCACGUCAUUAAGGUCCUAAACCACAAGACCGUUAUGAAGUACGGGGCAGCGAGGGUGUGUCUCAAUAAGGAGCAGUAUGAAAGGUUUUCCAUAUAUAUUAGGCACAUCAGGCCCAGAUGCCCCGGCUAUGAACAGGGUACGAAACAUGUCUUUUUCACGACGAAAUCCCCCCAAGUCUCCUCGUCCUCCAUAACAUACUCCAUCAAACAGACAUGUAAAUACCUUGAUCAGAGGGCAGUCACAAAUACUGGGAUUCGGAAGUGGAUGUCCAGCAUGUCUCCUUCUACUUCAGCUGCUCCAUCCAGUCCCUUGGAACUACCAGCUGCUCCUCCAUCCAAUCCCUUGGAACUCCCAGCUGCUCCUCCAUCCAGUCCCUUGGAACGUCCAGCUGCCAGUCUCUUGGAACGUCCAGCUGCUCGUCCAUCCAGUCCCUUGGAAUUCCCAGCUGCUCCUCCAUCCAGUCCAUUGAAACUCCCUGCUCCAUCUAAGAUGAUGCAGUCAGGCAGAAAACUACGCUCUGCUACAAGAAAUAAGGAGCACCCAGUCCUGCAACUGCCACGCCCACCAUCAGUUUGUGGGUCCACAGGAUCUUCAUCCCUGUGCUCGACCACCAGCACCAAAAAACUGAGGGUGAAGUGCAAAAAACUACCCCAACAUAAUGAGCAUCCAAUCCCGCUACUACCAGACACAUCAUCCGUUAGUGUGUCAGCUGGAUCAUCAUCCCUGUUGCCAAGUACCAGCGAUCCACCAGUGAGGGUGAAGUGCAACAAACAUCCCCAACAUAAGGAGCACCCAGUCACGCCGCUAUCAGACACCCCAUCCGUUAGUGUGUCAGCUGGAUCAUCAUCUCUGUUCUCAAGUACCAGCGAUCAAACGGCGAGGGUAAAGUUCACCCAGGAAGAGAAGGAGGCAGUCAAGAAGCAUUUCCAGAGCUGGAUAGAAAGGGGUGACAUGCCUCACAUAGGCGUGGUGAGGGACAUAGUUAAACAAAAUAAAAAAAGUAGCACGUUGCCUCUCUAACCGAUCAUUUCUCCAAGUGAGGGACAGAGUU